ACUGGCGGGACGCACGUGUGGGGCCGCCGCGCAGCUCGAGCCGGACGCGCGAGGCUGAGUUUGUCUCAACGAGGCGAACACUUGUGUAGUUAUGUGUUGAUCUAAGUCGAUUUAAGUGUGUCCAUGCUGGAGCGGUCAGUGCGUCACGGGAGAAUGGACGGAUUUAGCAGAGUCGCUUUUCGAAGGAAGGAACGAAGCCUGGAAGGUGAGGAGCGAGAAGAAGAAGAGGAAGAGGAGGAGGAAGAAGCGAGGAAAGGGAAAGCUGCGUGUUUCCAGUCGAAGAACGCUGACGAGGAGGCGUGUGUGGCCGUGAAGAUCGAACACUCCAGAGCUCUCGGCAGUUGUCCGGCGGGCGAUCGCAGCAGCGCACCCAGCGUGCAGGCGUGUCUGAAUCGGGCCAGCCGUGGGACGAACAACAAGAGCAGGGGGGGAGUCAAUGGAAGAGCCCCCGGCGGCAGGCCUCGGCUGCAGUCUAAACCAGAAGUGCCUCCAAAGCCACUGCACCUUCAGAGCCCAGUGACAAACCUCUCAUCCCCACUGGGCCGCACCAAGAAACCAUCACUUAGACGGGGCAUGGAGGAGGGAGGAGGAGGAGGAGGAGGAGGAGGAGGAGGAGGAAGAGGAGGAAGAGGAGGAAGAGGAGGAGGAGGAAAUACGUCAGUGAACCGGGAGAGGGCCAAAGAGAAACACUCCAAAGUCUCAGACCUGAUCAGUCGCUUUGAGGAGAACAGCAGCACAGAGAACAAGAGAGACAGCUCGCCGCACAAACCUGUCAGCAAGUCGACCAGCUGCAGCCCGGCCCACCGGCCCAGCCCGAAGCCGACGGAGAGCGACAGGAACCAGGAGAACCGCCCCCCCGCUGUCAGGGAUGACCACAAGCCGGCGGCCAACGGGGUGGUAGCGCAGAUGGAGCCCGAGAAGGAGGAGGAUAAAAAGCAGCAAGAGAACGGAGGCGUGAGGAUAGAGACCGCCGGGCUGGUCAAUGGAGAUAUGGGGGACGGGGGAGCAGAGCAGGAUGAAGAUCAUUCAGCUCCACAGACGGUGAGGACCGAUGGAGAGACCGAGGAGGAGAAGGACAGUGGGACGGCGACAGAGAGCGAGCACAGGACUGAAGAGGGGAGCGCAGACCAGAAGGAGACGAAUGAACAGAAGCUGUUUAAGAUCGCCAGCGAGCUGCUGCAGACAGAGAAGGCCUAUGUAGCCCGGCUGAACCUGCUGGACCAGGAGUUCUGUGCUAAGCUAAUGGAGGAGGCCAACAAGGGAACGUUCCCGAUGGACGUGGUGAAGAACAUCUUCUCCAACAUCUCCUCCAUCCACACCUUCCACAGCCAGUUCCUGCUCCCGGACCUGGAGAAACGCAUGGGAGAAUGGGCGUCCAAACCUCGCAUCGGGGACAUCCUGCAGAAACUCACACCCUUCCUCAAGAUGUACGCCGAGUACGUGAAGAACUUCGACAAGGCCAUGGAGCUGCUGAAGCAAUGGACCGACCGCUCUCCUCAGUUCAAGUCCAUCAUCCAGGAGAUACAGACCCACGAGGCCUGUGGCAGCCUGACGCUGCAGCAUCACAUGCUGGAGCCGGUGCAGCGAGUCCCUCGAUAUGAGAUGCUGCUUAAAGACUAUCUGAAGAAGCUGCCUGAGGAUGACCCUGACCGACGAGACUCAGAAAAAUCGUUAGAGAUCAUCGCCACAGCAGCGACUCACUCCAACAGCGCCAUACGGAAAUCUGAUAAUCUGAAGAAACUGUUGGAGAUCUACGAGCUGCUGGGAGAGGAGGAGGACAUCGUUCACCCGUCCAACGAGUUCAUCAAGGAGGGCCACAUCCUGAAGCUGGCUGCCAGGAACACGUCGGCCAUGGAGAGAUACCUCUACCUGUUCAACAACAUGCUGUUGUACUGCGUGCCCAAGUUCAGCCUGGGAGGACCCAAGUACACGGUGAGGACGCGAAUCGGCGUGGACGGCAUGCAGGUCCUGGAAACACACAACGAGGACUACCCUCACACCUUCCAGGUGUCGGGGAAGGAGCGGCUGCUGGAGCUGCAGGCCAGCUCCGAACAAGACAAGACGGCCUGGAUCAAGGCUUUCAGGAAGACCAUUGAGAUCUUCCAGCAGAAGAACGAGUCCUUCAAGAACGCAUUGAAAGACGUGGAGGAGGUGUCGGUCAGUGUCACGUCACAGAACCGUGCGCUCAAAGUGGAACUUCUCCGAUCCGUCGUGCUGACCUGUGUCUUUAUUCUAAUUCAGAAAAAGGAGCUGGGGAAGCGCGCCCCUCGCUGGAUCCGUGACAACGAAGUGACGAUGUGCAUGAUGUGUAAAGAGCCCUUCAACGCUCUGACGCGGCGGAGACACCACUGCAGAGCCUGCGGAUAUGUGGUGUGCUACAAAUGUUCUGACAACAAGGUGCAGCUCGAGUACGACGGCAACAAGACGAACAAGGUCUGCAAGGACUGUUUCUCCAUCCUGAAGGGAGAGACGGUGGCUGAGGGGAAGAAGAAGGGAAUACUGGAGAUCGAGGCCGCUCAGUUCUCCGGCAGCAGCAUCAUGUGUGGCUUCCUGCAGUACUGUGAGAAGAACAAGCCCUGGCAGAAGGUUUGGUGCGUGAUCCCGGAGAAGGAAAGUCUGGUGCUCUACCUCUACGGAGCUCCACAGGACGUGAAGGCCCAGUGCACGAUCCCCCUCCUGGGUUACUCCGUGGACGACAGCGUCCGGCCCACAGACACGCCGGCCAGCUUCCGCCUCUCCCAGUCCAAGUCCGUCCACAACUUCUCUGCCGAGACCGAGGACCUCAAGCAGCGCUGGCUCAAGGUCAUCCGGGUGGCGGUGACGGGAGAGGUGCCAGAGUGCCCCCCCACCAACGGCACCAACGUGACGGAGGACAGCGGCACCCAGGAGGCGUCGACCGACAGCUCAUAGAGGCCUCUCCCUGUGAGGGAGACAGCUGUCGAGCCUCUGCCCGAGACGGGAUGGGCGGGUGCGUCUCCACGGCGUCUUGGAAUCUGACUUCUACAGAUUCAGUGGACAAACAGAAAUCAGUGCUGGAUCAGCUGCCUGCUCCUCGUAGCUCUCCUGUUUCCUCGGUUUCCUCCUGGAUUUUUUCUCCUGAACUUUGAUUCAGAGCUGUGCUGGAUAACUAAAGGAUCUCUGGUACAACCAACACUAGAGCGGAGGAGAUUCGUGGAAGUCCCUGAGACUCGCACUGUUAAAUAAGAACAGCUUGAACUCUACAGUCUUCAUGGACCUCGGCCAAAUCCUCCUGAGCCAGAGGACGACAGCACGUGAAUCGAAGCUGGAAGACGAUUCAAACUCUGUCUGCUGGUGCUGUGACUCAGCUGUGUACAUGUAUAGUAUAAAUGUUUUUGUUUUUAUGAAAAGGAACACGUGUUUUUAAUGUACAGAAAUCAGAAAAGCCAUCUAAGUAUGACAUUAAUCAUUCUCAGUAUUGUGCCCCUUUUUCUUUGCUAAAGACGAUGGUUUCAAAAGUGACAACAUGACCGUGUGCUGGAGAUAAAAGAUAAUUUCUCUCUUCACUCAGUCGAAUCAAAUUCGGGUUGAGCUGACGUGUCUGUCUGCUCUGAAGCUGGAUGCACCCAUUCUACAAAUUUGCUAAUUGAAUACAUAGAUAUAUAGACAGAUAGAUAAGACCAGGAAUAAAUAUAUUUUUUUAAUAUACUCAAGCGAAAGUACCACAUCAACUUUCCUACUUCAGUAAAAGAGUUGCUUUUAAAUAUACUUAAAUGUACUGUAUCCUGUUCCCUAUGAAAGUGGUCUACUACAUCCUUAUGGCGGAGUCUGGGCCAUUCAAUCAAGCUGCACUAAAUUGCUGAGACUGUAUAGAGUUACCAGUCAUCUUAAUAUGCCUGAAAUAACACCCAUUGGAGAAUCGUAUGUCACAGAAAGUGCUUCAAAAUUUUAAAGUUGAUAGUUCUUCCCUGACCCUUCAACCAAGAACUGUGUAAAUCUGAUCAGUAGUUUUUGUUUUGUCUUGUUUACAACAAACAACCCGACAGGAGUGAAAAAAAUAACAUGUUGACGGAGGUUCAUGUAAAAGUGAAAAGUGAGAUAAAUCUUCUUAAAAUGUAGAAAGUUACUUUCCCACCACUGGCAACUCAAAAGCUACUUUAAAUAUUAAAACAAUUUUAACAGCUUGAGCUGGAAUGUCCCUUUUAAAAUAAUAGUUUAAAUAUUAAAGACAAUGGUGCAAAUAGACUAAUCUUAAUUAAUUAAUUGUGUUUUAUCAUUGGCUGCUCCCACCACAGUCUGAGCAGUGCAGUUUUUAUUAAUAUAUCGUCCAGCUCCACAGCAGCAGACCUCAGGUCAGGUGGAGAGAGAUUCUCUUCACAUGCAGCACAAUCUCAGACAGUGAACAAGCUUUCGCGGGAGAAACGUAAAUGUAUUUUGUAAUGCUGUAAUUAUUAUUUAAAAAAAAAAGUAAUUUAUAGAGAAUGACGAGCAUGCUCUGUUGAUAGUAGCACAACAUUUGUUCCCUCGCUAUCCACGAUGAAGAAGAAGAAGAAGAAGAAGUAGGCAGAUGUUUAGUUUUUUUCUAUGAGCAGAUGUAUUUCCACUAACUCUACAAACGCAUCACCUCGGUUCUUCUGUGGGACAACGACCAGUCGCAGCGCUGGAAGGACUAAAGGGGGAAAUGUGCCUAUAAUCUCCACAGUGAUGCUUCUUCAUCCACAACAUCCUGUUGUACUCGAUGCUGUUGCUCGGUCCUCUGAACUCUUCCUCCUCCUCCUCCUCAGUAUUCAAAAAAAGGAAAAACCAAGAGCACAAAACACCCCCCUCUGUUGUUGGAUCUGAAUGUACAUCCUGAUUUAAAUGUCCCUUCUUCCCCCCCCCAAAAGGAUUGAGAAUCUACGCACUUUACAGUCCUAUAAAGUGUCCCUUCAAAGAAAUAAAACAGCAUAAUGAAAA